UUGCCUCUCCUAAGGGAGUGAUGCUGGUUACACAUUACUUUCAUCACAUGAAACUUCUGUUACUGAUGGGGUGGGAGAUGGGGGGUUGCUCAAGUCCCAACCAGCCUUCCAUUGAUAAACUUCUGUAUAAAACAUCUUCGAGGUUAAUGGCUGUGUUCAAGAAUUCAGGUAUAGAGAUUUGGUUUCCAUAUGUUGAAGGUGGAAUCAGUAACUUGCAUGAUGACAUAUUGUACCUCUAUUUGAUGAUGCUUGAAGAUGUUUUAAACAGACAAUCCAGGGUACACCUGUGUCUACUUUUACCCGAUGUCCCAUCAUUUCACAAAUGGGGUGAGGGAGGGGGUGGGGCAGCCUGGACCUGUUACGAAGAACAUCCAGCCAAUCAGAGGAUCAUUCCUGCAGAGAGAGAGGGAGAUGUGAGCUUCAUUGGUUGCAGCUUUUCGCACGUCUGCUGGAAGUACAGUGUUCCCAGAGGACUGGAUGCUGCGUGUGUGAGAAGAGGUUCAAGUCGCAAGGCUGUAGAAAUGGACAUCUGAUGCUUCAGGAGUUCCUG